AUGAGCCAUCGUCUUGCAGACGACAGCCGAACCCGCCGAGCAGGAUGGCGACGGUAUCAACGUGACCCGUACAGCAUCCAUCCCGCGGAAUUAGAUCCCGUGGACUUGGCCUUGGCCCUCUAUCGUCAUGGUACAUCUCAGAGUAUGAUGCCAACCUCUUCUCUAACCCGACCUCGAUCUCCACCGCCAUCUCUCCAAGCCGCUAGCCGGCGCCAGCACAGUCGUCCUACGAGUAAGCGUGCUCGCAUCCCCGCCUCCAGCAAGGCUAUCCUCGGGCUCAAGGAGGUGCUGCUCACCACCACCACCAUGGACGAUGAUGACGACUGUGCCAUCUGCCUUAAGGCUUUGGCUGAUCCUGCAGAUCAACAGGACAAGGAGGACCCAGCAGCAGCUGCUGCUGUAGAGAUGAUGACAAGGCUCCGCGCCAUGCCCUGCUCCCACAUCUUUCACCAGCACUGCAUCUUUCAGUGGCUCCAUCGCAACGCCGUCUGCCCUCUCUGUCGCCACCAGGCCAGCUGCCCACCACGGAUGAUGAUGAUGAUGAUGAUGAUGAUGAGGAGGAGGAGGAGGAGGAGGAGGAGGAGGAGGAUGAAGUAUCACCUGAUUUUUGGUUCCCAUCGGUCCCGUACGACGAGGGUGUUACAACUACGGCUACACUGCCUGACCCUGAAGGAAGCCAAGACACAAGCACUGAAGGCGCCGGCCCAACUACUGUAG